GAACACUCGCGCGGAGAAACGUCAGUGACGCAAAAUCUGACGUUUCUCGUUCGGUCAGCUGCGAGUUUUCGAGUGUGAUUUUCAUCGUCGGAUUCGUUUCCGUCCUCUGUCUCCCGGAAUCGACCACGAAUUUCGUGUUUUCUAUCGCAGGAGCAGGCAAAGAAAUUUGAAGAUGGUUUUUGUGCGAUCGAUGUUGAACUCUGCGAAGCGCAUUCCGAUGAUCCGAUUCCGCAAGGGAGGGCCGCAUUUGGAUGCCGCUGGCCAGUCAGCUCCCGCUGCCCAAGCCGGACAAGCCGUAAGUGGGGCACAACCUAGAUCUGUUUCCACCGGGGAAGCCAUCGAGGAGUGGCAACUGCCGGCUCGGUAUCGUAGGAAGCCAAUCGACGACGUUGAAAUCGAGUGGAUCAACCGUGGAGGACCACCGGCUUAAAUCCUACCGAAGCCGGAUCCUAGUCAGAUAAAAUUACACUCUCGCCCACACACUAAAAA